AAGUCAGUUGUUCUCAAACCGGGAGAGGAGAAACAGAGAAGGAAAUAUACAGAAAAGAAAGAAAAAAGUGGCACGAAAGGCAAGCGCAGAGCAUUGCUCUGAGAAUUCAGCUCUGAAAUUUCUGUAUUGAUUCUCUGAUUCCCUUUGCUGGGAUCAGAGGUUCAUCUUUCCUGCCCCACUGGGCACAUUCCCUUUUUUUGUUUUUUUUUUUUCGGAUUCUACUGGUUCUGGCAUUACAAAUUGGAUUAAGGAGAAAGGAAACAAAAAAAAAAUCACGCAAUUUUGAUAAGCUAAAAGCCGCUUCCGACGACAAGUGAUUUUGGGAAAUCAAAAGCGCGCGUCUUGUGAUUUCUGCUCAAAUGGGUAUCUCACAGAAUGAUGGUAAAAUGGAAGGUUGGCUUUAUGUCAUCGGGUCCAAUCGAUUUGGGCUGCAACACUCUCGCAAAAGGUACUUUAUUCUGGAGGAUAAUUGCCUCAGGAGCUUCAAAGCCAAACCUUCUUCGGACUCGGUGGAACCAGUUACAAGUGCGGUAAUAGAUAGCUGCAUUCGGGCUACGGAUAAUGGAAGGGCAAGCAUUCAUAGAAAAGGCUUCUUUGUUUUCACGCUCUACAAUACUUCCAAUAACAACGAUAGGCUCAAGUUGGGAGCAAGUAGUUCAGAAGAAGCAGCAAAAUGGAUUCGUUCAUGGCAGGAUGCAGCAUUAAAGGUGUGUCCGAAUACAGCACAGGAUUUUGUGGCUCGUUCCAAGAGAAGAUGGCCAUCUUUGAGAAUGAGUGGUUCCAGGAGGACAGAAUGCAAAAACUCUGUUGACCGGACUUUUAGCUCAUUGAUGCACACAGAAAGAAUGACAUCUGAUGUUAUUGCUCCCUCACCAUGGAAAAUUUUUGGUUGUCAGAAUGGACUACGGUUUUUCAAAGAAGCAAAAGAUUGGGAUUCCUGUGGAAGGCACUGGGAUGAUCAUCCGGCUAUAAUGGCAGUAGGAGUAGUUGAUGGAACUUCGGAGGCCAUUUUCCGGACUCUUUUGUCUCUUGGCCCCUCAAGAUCAGAAUGGGAUUUCUGUUACUACCGGGGUAGCGUGGUUGAGAGCCUUGAUGGUCAUACAGAUAUUAUUCACCAGCAGUUAUACAUUGAUUGGCUACCUGGUUGGGGGAUGAAACGAAGAGAUCUACUGAUGCGUCGCUAUUGGAGAAGGGAGGAUGAUGGAACAUAUGUAAUCCUCUACCAUUCUGCGUCUCACAAGAAAUGUCCACCAAAAAGAGGCUAUGUCCGUGCUUGCCUUAAAAGUGGAGGAUAUGUUAUAACUCCUGUGAACGAAGGGAAACAAUCACUUGUGAGACACAUGCUUGCUAUUGAUUGGAAAUUCUGGAAAUCAUAUCUACAUCCGUCAUCAGCAAGAUGCAUUACCAUCCGUAUGCUUGAGAUAGUUGCUGCAUUAAGAGAGCUGUUCAGAGCAAAAGCUGGAACUAGCUCCCCUGAAUUCUCAUCCGGAGACAUGUCAGGAGAGAUCAGAUUAUCUCAAAGUGGACAGCAGAAUAUCAGGACCGAGGUUCAGCACCCUGGAGAAGUCAAAGAGAUGGAGGAGGGUGUUCUCAUGGAAGAUGAGGUGGAAAAACCAGAAGGUCGCACAAGUUUGAAGGGGCUGCACGAUGCUGCAGACGAGUUCUUUGAUAUUCCAGAACCAACAGAGUAUGACCAGUUCGAGAACGAGUGGCCUUCAGAUAUGAGCAUGGAACAGAACCCCACGAGUAUACAACAUCCCAAAUUGUCAUCAGCUGCCGUUCUCGUGAAGAGAUUGCAUGAACUUAGAGUUCAAAAGAAGGGUUGUACGGACUUACAAGAGGUGUCCAAGGAAAAUAAUGUAUGCCCUUAUGGGGAAACCCUUCAAAAGGAUCCAAGUUGUGCUCUACCUUGCAGCUGGGGAUCAGCCGAUCCUUCUUCAUUUUUGAUACGCGGGCCAAAUUAUUUACAACAUCGUCAGAAGAUCAAGGCAAAAAGCACCUUGAUGCAACUGGUUGGUGUAGAUUGGCUAAGAUCUGACAAGCGAGAAGAUGAUAUUAGCAGCCGUUAUGGUAGUAUUGUUCAGAAAUAUGCAGAACGAGGUGGAUCAGAGUUUUUCUUUAUUGUUAAUAUACAAAUACCCGGAACAACCAUGCAUACCUUGGCGUUUUAUUACAUGAUGAAAACUCCUCUGGAGGAAACUCCUUUGCUACAUGACUUUGUCAAUGGAGAUGAUUCCUAUAGGAACUCGAGAUUUAAGCUAAUACCAUACAUUUCUAAGGGAUCAUGGAUAGUCAAGCAGAGUGUAGGGAAGAAAGCCUGCUUGGUAGGGCAACGGCUCGAAGUGCAUUAUUUCCGUGGGAUGAACUAUCUUGAGCUUGAGAUCAAUGUCGGGUCUUCAACAGUGGCGAGGGGGGUGGCAAGUCUUGUUCUAGGCUACCUCAACAAUUUGGUCAUGGAAAUGGCAUUUCUGAUACAGGCCAACACCGAAGAAGAACUGCCGGAAGUACUUCUUGGAACAUGUAGACUUAACCAAUUGGAUGCAUCGAAAUCAGUUCCUGUAAAACCGUGAUUUUCUUCACGCAGAAAAUCUACAUAAAUCAAAUCCUUAUGAGGAAGGUGCCCAAAAUAUGAACUCCCAGCAAGUUAAAAAAAAAAUGGAAAAAAAAAUUAUGUAAAAAGAGAGGUGCACCAUGUUCUUGAAAUGAUAUAAUUUUUUAGGACUA